CAUGUGGAAACCUAAAUAUGUUUUCCUCUGGCAUUAGAACGUCUACUUUUGUCCAUUUUGUUGCUAUGGUGUUCAUGUAUUGACCAGAAUAAACAAUGUCAGUUUUCAGAUGAAAUGCUACACAACGAAUCCUUUGUCACUAGGUGACAGUUUUCCAUUAAUGGCUUGUAGAAGCAUUCUUUUUAUUUGUUAAAACAAUAAUGUUGUCUAGCUCUAAAAUGUGGGCUGGUCAGUCGGCCGAUUUCGACGAAAUCCCACCCGAGUCCACUUCAGGCUCGGACAAGUCCGGUUUCCGGUCAGCCUGGACAAGUGUGUUUAACGGUUCUUCCAAAGAGUGCCUUGCGAAUAUUCGGAAACUCGCAUUCGCUGGUGAGAUUUCGGAUUUGCCUUUUCGAUCUGUGAUUUGGAAACUUUUGUUGGCAUUGUUACCACCAAACCCGAAAACUUGGAUGCACGAAAGUAGUAUCCAGCGAAGUCGGUACGAACGAAUGAAGGAAAAAUAUCUGACGGAAGUUUAUGAGAAAAGCAGUGAAAAAGCUAGCGCUAUGAGAAAUGGUGGCAACGGCACUGGAGCAUAUUCUGACGAAGAUUUGAGACGCGAUAUUCGCCAAGAUGUCGUGAGAACAUUUCCCGAAAUGGAUUUCUUCGCGGAUCCGAAGGUGGUCGGAAUGAUGUGCACGAUUUUGUUCAUCUACGCUAAGGAAAACUCCGACGUGCUUUACAAACAGGGUAUGCAUGAACUGCUAGCUAUUAUCUUUUAUGUACUUGAUAAGGACCACACGGCGUUCAAAAAGUGCGUCAAGUCGAAGACGAAAAUGAGCGACCGAGUGCAUGCGGUGCUAAGAAGCAGUCACAUAGAACACGACGCCUUCAUUCUGUUCUCGAAGGUGAUGCAGCACACCAAAGUAUGGUACGAGUAUCGGGACUCCACUUUCCAGCAGUUCAAAUCAAGGUUCGCAUUCUCAAAUUCUCAGAAUUCAGAGCUAGAACUGCAGUCGCCUGCCAUUAAGAAAAUCAAUGCCAUAUGGUCCAAAUCAGUCAGAAGUAUGGACCCCGAGUUACACUAUAAACUGACUUGCUUGGACAUACAACCACAUUUCUUUAGUCUAAGAUGGCUUCGUUUAAUUUUUGCUCGAGAAUUACAUUUCAAUGAAGUUUUGAAUCUCUGGGAUGCAAUAUUUGCCUAUGAUUCAGAUCUGUCCUUUAUAGACUCUGUAUACUGUGCUAUCUUGUACUCUAUUCGCAACGAGUUAAUAAGCGGCGAUCACUCAUCUUGCCUACAAACUCUCAUGCGUCAUCCAAAAAACUUGACCACCUUCAGAUUAGUUUCCUGGGCCAUGUACAUUGCCGAUCCGAAUAACAAUUCAAAACCUCUGGACUUCGUAGACAGGUCAGGUUGGGAACAUCCAGACAAACCGGCUGCCAAGAAAACAGUCCCACUGAAAACAGUAAGGUCGUACAGUUUAACUAACUUGCUAAGUGCGGUUAUGGGAUCCGGGGGCUCCAAAGAGCCAGAGACACCAAGGAAGGCGGAAAAGCCGAUGGAUUUAUCUAGAAUUAUAGAGAACAGACCGAACAAGCAAAGGUCUCCGCGGAAGUUCUCGUAUACUUCAACUGCUACUGCUUCCAAUCAAUUACUCACAUAUCAACAAGCUUCAAGCACCUCCACGACACCACGGUACAGUGCGAACAGUUCAAGAAGUACAAACAGUUCCCAAACACCACGAGAAGAUCUAGCCAAUAAGUGCAAUUAUUGCUCUAAAAGAAUAGAAACAUUCAUUCAAUCGCUAUACGAAGUUUUGCAAGAUGAGGAACUAAAAAAUGACGAAAAGAUAUUGGUGUCGAUUGCUGGCUUGAAACAAGUUAGAGAUGUUUUAAACGGAUCUAUUAGAGUGCCAUCGAGUAAAUUAGAGGAGAGCUCAGAGGCUUCAGGCGUCCCUGAACUGUCAUCGCAAUAUCCCAGUACGAGUAGUAAUUCUUCCAGUACUAAAAACAACUCGGAAAUGGUCGAGUUGUAUGUCAGUGGCGAGAAUAAUAACUCGCCUGUCACGCCCGACCAAAAAGUAGUUCUUAAUGGGGCUGCGAUUCAUAGCAGCAAAACGAAAGAAGAAUCAGAUUGUAGCAAUAUAGAGUCACCAUUUGUCAAAUCAUCCCCGGAAACUAUGGUGACAGUACGGAAAAAUCCACCGAAAGCUAGAAAUUUUAAAGCUUUAAACGGAGCGUCCAAAAAGCUACUACUGCCUGACAAAUCAUUAACUGCUUCGUUUUCCCCGACCAUCUUGACGGAAUCGAAACCGAUUUCAUCCAGUACACUAACAGACCCAGUCGUUGUCUCGGAACAUGACCCAAGUGUCGUGAAAAGUGAGUCUGGAACUACAGAUGACGUCACAUUUAUAAGUUCACCCGAGGGCCCGAUCUCGUUAGGGAGUGUCUCGGACUCAAUAGCGAGAGUCCCGAAACUCCUGAUGAGUUGCGAGGGCUUCACAGACGAAUCAACGCCCAGCAACGACAACGAAGUUGACUAAAAUUAAGAACAAUUCGAUUAUAAUUUUGGUAUCGAUUAAGUUAGAA